AUGAGGGCAUUGACAGCGUUGACAGCGAGAAGUCGGGAUUAUCUUCGAUUCACCCUAUUUGUUGCUCAACUGAAGCAUGGCCUCCAUACUAAUAAACUUCAUAUACAGAUUUUAAUCGUUCGCCUUUUCAAUAAGAUGCUGGCCACAGCACCAUCCUCGCUACAUCGUUCUCUUGUACGAAACGAGAUCACACUAUCCAAAUUCACCGUGGAAUACGUUGAAAGUCUCAUAAGCGCUCAAACAGCGCCACUUGGUGGUAUGGAUGUGCUCGUUGAGGAACUGUCACUGUGGAGGUCUUCAGGUUCUGCGACAAUGCCUGCUUAUGGUGUGGAGCACAAUCACAUCUACGGACUAUCCGAAUCAGAAGGUGAUACUGCUCAAAGUGAUCGGGGGCGACAUGGACGGCCACCGCUAGGCAGCAAAUAUCCUACGGUUAGUGUGACCGUAGAUCAAAAAUUUUCUUCUUAG